CAGUCACGAACGUCGGACGGUUUGCGAACGUCGAAAGUUUGGAACAUAUCGUUUCGGUUUUAUACAUAUCUUUUUUGGAUGCGUGCCCGAACGUCGCGUGGUUCAAUUUCGGGUUCGGCAAUUAACACAGCCAUCGCUUUUUAUGCAAAUCAGUGAUAUCGAAACAGUGUAAAUAACAAACAUAAAUGUCAAAUCGAAAAAGUUGCCCCCACCCCACUACUAAUGACCUUGAACUCGUCAGCUCGCCAGACGGAUGUCACUUUUCCCAAACCGAAACACACACUCCCAACGAUUUUAAGCCACGGAUUAAUUAGAAUAUAUAUGUUCGGAGAACGAGCACAAAAAGGUGUUAAUUUCGGUUCGUUACGUAUACGUAAUGUGGCAGGAAAAUAGAAAUGGAAAUUGAAAACCCGAACAACUGCCGUGCGCGCCAAAUGUAAAUUGAUAGCCAAAGUGUUUGAAACACAAUUGCUAAAUUUGCCAGUCUACCUUCAAUAUAUUCACCCAUACACACCCACACACUUUUGGCAAUUUCAAAUCAAUUAAUCUCAAUUAUUCCGAUCGCUCGAGUGAACAGAAUCGAGGCGAAAAUCAAAAGGUCUCCGUGCUUCAUUAAGUUUCCCCGAAAGUUAUGAUCGCAAUUGUUUGUUGUUCUUCAAAUAAAUUUCUGUGCUAAAUGAAAUAUUCCCUGCAUGGUCCAUAAAAAUCACAUAAACCAAACAAAUUUGGAGUGAAAAUGAUUGAAGCAUUUUUCGAUAAGAAGGCAAAUAAUUGUGUUCAAAAUAUGUAAAUUCUUUGGUGACAGAAUUCCAAGUAAAAAGUACCAUUGACGCAAACAUUAUGAGUAAUUUCUAAAACUUUAAUAAAACUUAAAAAGCGACCAGAUUAGCGAAUAAAAACCGGAAACGGCAGCAUUUGAAAUAUUAUAUUAUUUUUCUUAUUCAUGUUUAUGCGCAAAUUUUAUUUUCCAUUAGUUAACCACGUGAAAUAUUCCCAAAAAUGUCCAUAAAAAUCGCAUAAGCUAAACAAAUGUGGAAUAAACUAUUAUUAGCUUUUUUUUGUGGAUAAAACACCCAAGUGAAUGUGUACAAAAUAUGUGCGAUAAAUGUGCUGAAUAAAACAACGGAAGCCUUGUAAUCUGCGGAAUUUCUGUACAACGAUAAAAAAUAACAUGCCAAAAUGGAGCUGAUUAAGAAGUACAAACAGGGAAAGCUAAGCUCCAGCGAUAUUCGCCAUAUAAAUAAUACCGUAAUAUGUCUGAUGGUCCUCGUGGCAAUAUUCUCGAUUCUUUGGAGUGUUUCACUGCACAUGAUAUCGGGGGAUCUGAAUGAGGGAUUAGUUAGUGACAAAAUAGUAUUUCAAGAGCGCAAUAUGGAUCAACUGACUAACCACAGCAAGAUGAUCCUCAAUGAGGACCUCAUCAAAGCCACCCAAAACUCCUAUGGCCGAAAGUAUUCCGUACAGGAUGAUAAGGAUAUUAAGCCCGAUUCGCUACAAAGCGAGAGCCAAAACACAAAGCCAGUGUAUAAAUUAGAUCAUAUCUAUGAUUCCAUUGAGAACCGACCUAAGUUAGAGCAUCGCAGAGCUGAAAUGGAGGAGAUAAAAGUCACAAGCACGACUGCUGCUCCACCAAAAAUUACGUUCAAUGCUGAGGCAGAUCGUCACUUUUUGAGCACAAUGUCCAUUGAUACUAUUGCCACCAUUUGGGAUCAAGGCUUUGGAGCUCAGUUUGUCUAUGCCUUUCCCCUCAUAUCAGAGAUCGUUGCCGUCAUCUGGACAGCCAUGUGUCUGAUCUUCCAGACGGGCAGCAAAAAGAACUCAGUCCUGCCAAAACCCUGGCGCAUUGUGCUGCCCUCGAUCAUCAUUUUCUCGGUGAUGAGUUUGGGCAGCGUGAUCUACACGAUCCUAACGAAUGGUUAUCUCAAGCAUUUGUGCAGCCAACUGAGGGACAAACUCACGGAUCCCACUGCUAUCAGUUGUGGCGAUGCCAUCGCCCUUCUGCGUCCCACUGUCCAUGAUCACAGCGUAUCCCACGAUGCUUACUUGGAGCUCUUCCGCUGCAGCUACGUCAUUGGAAUGGUGCUGUGGAUCGUGGCUCUGUUGGUAAUGGUGCUGCGUUUCAUCUUCGCCGUGGAUUUCCAGCUGGUGGACAUUGACGAGAUGUUCGAUAACGAACGGUACGGAUCACCCCGGGUGCAAAUACAACCAGUUUACACGGAGGUAGUGCAGCAGAGCAGUCCGCAGCACCAGGGGCAGAUGCGUCCCCGAUCGGAGGAUGACUAUCAGAGUGCCAGGUCGCGUUUGAGCGAUCUUGCAGUGCCGCUUCUGGAGGGGCAGGGUCAGUCGCAGAUUCCGCCAACUAACUUGGCCUAAUCCCAAGGAUCCGACUGCAACGACAGGUGGUUCAGCAAUCUCAGGUUUAUUUUUAUACGAUGUGUUAGUGUUUAGUAGAUCGGAUCGAAGCCUAAGGAAUAUUAUAUGAACUAACCGCGAUUUAGCAUAAGUUUUAAAUCGAUAUUUAAUUGAUAUUUUUCACUGUCUUAGUUUAGGGAACUCGUGCCUCGAUAUCUUAUUA